GAUUUUGGGAGUUGCGUUCACAAGUUUAUUUUUGUCGGAAUUUUGUUGUGUAAAUAAUAUUAUUCGCACAGAAGUUUGAAUAAAAGUGAGGGAAAAUUGAAAACACAUACAUUGCAUUCAAUCAUGUUGCGACUCCCGAAUAAAUGCAGCACGAACAGUUGGCGACUAAUUCAGUGCCGUACGAUUCUGCGACAGCAAAGACAAAAUGCUUCAACCGAGCACGGAAGCACGCAGAAACCUGAAUCCAACACGACCACGUUACGAAAGCGUCCUACACCCUUAACAGAUGAAAUUAUACGUGUUGAUCAUGCUGGCGAAUUGGGUGCCGAUCGCAUCUAUGCGGGUCAAAUGGCUGUUUUGGGUAAUGGCCCCAUGGGCAAGACAAUCGCACACAUGUGGGAACAGGAAAAAGAGCAUCGCAAGCAAUUCGAAAAGCUUAUACAGGAGCACAGAGUGCGACCCACAAUAAUGGUACCGUUUUGGAAUGUGGCCGGCUUUGCGCUGGGUGCGGGCACUGCAUUGUUGGGCGAGAAAGCAGCCAUGGCGUGCACUGUUGCUGUGGAAACGGUUAUUGUGGACCAUUACAAUGAACAGCUGCGACAAAUAAUGGAGUCCCCCAAACCAGAUAAGGAACUGUUAGAUACAAUAACAAAGUUCCGCGACGAGGAGCAAGAGCAUCACGACACGGGAAUCAACUGCGGCGCCGAGCAGGCACCGUUUUACAAAGCAUUAACCGAGGUUAUCAAAAUCGGUUGUAAAACUGCUAUUGCUAUUUCAAAGCGUAUCUGAGUCAAUAAACUCGUUUAAGUAAACUCAGCUUUGUCCAAGGCGAAUCUAUUAAAGGUGGUAUCGGCAAAUCAGCUGAUUUGUUUUUUUCGCCGUGUCCAUGUCGAUGUCAGCCCAGAAUGAAACAAGGCGGUUUCAUUACUUGCUUUCUAGUUUUCCUUUGAUAAUCAAACGUACAUAAUAUUGUUGUUCGUCUAGUGCCACCACCUUUAAUGAAUGCGUCUUGCGUUUAGUCUUAAAUUUUUUAUUUGGCAAUAACUGUCAUAGUUGUAAUAUAUUUAUAAAUACUUAUCUGUAUAAAAGUUGUUUCUAAUACAAAUAUAACUACGAGUAAAAAUUUGA